CCGGGGGCCCGGAUCUUUCAACCUGAAGCUGGAAAAUAUCUCCAUCAAAUUCACCCUGAGGCUGGGCAGUGACACCACUGGGAAGCCCACCAUCAGCACCUCGAACUGUAGUGCCCGCGCCUCCAAAGUCGGCUUGCGCUUUUCAGGCAAGCUUAAGUGGUUUUACGACCUGUUCAAAAAGGCUGAUAAGUCCCUGUUGCAGAAGAAUUUAGAGACCAUGGUGUGUGACAAUGUGGCCAAGUCUGUGAAAAACGAGCUCCAGACGUACAUCCAGACGCUGCCAGCCUUGGGGCAGUUUGGUUGGAAAAACCACAGUGGAAAAGGCCCUGUGGGUGCUGGUCCACAGCAGCUGAACAUGAGUACCAGGACGUCAACAAGGUCACGGGCAUCCUGGCCUGUAUCAGCCAUAGUGGGGAAACAGGACCAGGAAAGGGCUGAACUCGAUGACCUCGGAGGUCUUUUCCAAUGCGGGCCGGGACAGCGGCCGGCGUGGCGCGGCUUCGCGCUGCCCGCGGGGCCCGACCUGCGGCACUUCCUGAGGGCAGCUGCGGCGGGGCAGCCGGGGCCGUCGCCAGAGCUGGCGCCUGAGCCGGGCUCUACCCCCGCGGCCCCAAAAGUGUACCUGGAGACCUACGGCUGCCAGAUGAACGUCAGUGACACCGAGAUCGUCUGGGCCAUCCUGCAGAAGAAUGGCUAUGCCAGGACAAAGGAGCUGGCUGAGGCAGAUGUGGUUCUUCUUGUCACCUGUUCCGUGAGGGUACCUUGUAAUGUGGCCAAGACACUUUUUGUCCCCAAGAGCUUAGUCCCUAAAGUGUUUCUGCAGUGGAGAUGCUCUCAGGCAAGCGAAGUGAUAGCACAUAAGACAGAGCCAAGACAUAAUCCCCACACCACAAACGGCACUCUCAGGUGCCAUUAGAUUCCCUGCCUUUAGCUGAAUUCUCCUCACGGAGCACUGGGGCUGCUUAGGCUGGGGGUCUGU